CCAAAAUUACAUAAUUUCCAGCGAAAUCGCUCCUGGCGUUCCGCCGCAUCCCGCCGCCCGCGGCCCCGCCGGCUUGCCCUUCGGCCGCCCCCGAGUUGUCACCCCUGGGGCCCUUUCCCUUCGCCGCCCCCGACCCGUCAGCGCCUCAACGUUGGCCACACUGUCGGAAAAUCCUCUCUCCAAACAGGUGUUUUUCGAAGUCGGAGGCGCGCGGCAGGGGAGGGGGAAGCAUGGCAUUUGUUCUCACGUAUAGCGGUAGCGAAGAGUUGGCCGUGAUAGCGUGUUCUGUUUACAAUUAGUGAUUGGCCGAGCAACUGUGUGUCUGUGUGUGUCAGCGAUCGACAAAACAAACGCCAGCGAGGUAGAAUGCGGCCUACUUGAUCGUCUCCGCGUCGAGAAUGCCCCAUCAGUACGGCCUGCCGGGCAUAGCCCACGCUCAGUCGCCCCCGACGCCGCCGCCGCAGCACGGGGCCAUGUACUCGCGCUUCUCGGGGGCGGUGGUCCCGGGGGGCUACCGGGGCGAGGACCGCCGCCUCACCAGGGAAGCCAUGGAGCGCUACCUGCGGGACCGCUCCGACAUGGUCAUCGUCAUCCUCCACGCCAAGGUGGCCCAGAAGUCCUACGGGAACGAGAAGCGGUUCUUCUGCCCGCCGCCUUGCAUCUACCUCUUCGGGGACGGCUGGCGGCUGCGGCAGGAGCAGAUGCUGAGGGAAGGGGAGUCCGAGCAGGCCUCCCAGCUCUGCGCCUUCAUAGGCAUAGGCAACUCCGAGCAGGACAUGCAGCAGCUGGACCUCAACAAUGGCAAGCAGUACUGUGCGGCCAAGACCCUCUACAUUUCAGAUUCUGACAAGAGGAAGCACUUUAUGCUCUCGGUGAAGAUGUUCUACGGGUCGGGGCACGACAUCGGCGUGUUCCACAGCAAAAGGAUCAAAGUCAUCUCCAAACCCUCUAAAAAAAAGCAGAGUUUGAAGAACGCCGAUCUGUGUAUUGCCAGUGGCACCAAAGUGGCGCUUUUCAAUAGACUCCGGUCACAGACUGUUUCCACCAGGUAUCUGCACGUGGAAAAUGGACACUUUCAUGCGAGUUCGACGCAGUGGGGCGCUUUUACUAUACACCUGCUGGAUGACAAUGAGUCGGAGAGUGAGGAGUUUCAAGUGCGGGAUGGGUACAUCCACUACGGCUCCACGGUGAAGCUGGUGUGUUCCGUCACGGGAAUGGCGCUGCCGAGGCUCAUUAUUCGGAAGGUGGACAAGCAGCAGGCCCUCCUCGAGGCCGACGACCCCGUCUCCCAGCUGCACAAGUGCGCCUUCUACAUGAAGGACACCGAGCGCAUGUACCUGUGCCUCUCCCAGGAGCGCAUCAUCCAGUUCCAAGCCACGCCCUGCCCCAAGGAGCCCAACAAGGAGAUGAUCAACGACGGCGCCUGCUGGACCAUCAUCUCCACCGACAAGGCCGAGUACCAGUUCUACGAGGGCAUGGGUCCCGUGCGCUCGCCAGUCACCCCCGUGCCCAUCGUGCACAGCCUCCACCUCAACGGCGGCGGCGAGGUGGCCAUGCUGGAGCUCACCGGCGACAACUUCUCGCCCUCGCUCCAGGUGUGGUUCGGGGACGUGGAGGCCGAGACCAUGUACCGCUGCCAGGAGUCCAUGCUGUGCGUGGUGCCAGAUAUCUCGCAGUUCCGGGGGGAGUGGCUGUGGGUGCGCCAGCCCACUCAAGUCCCGGUCAGCCUAGUGCGGAACGACGGGAUCAUCUACGCUACGGGGUUGACGUUCACGUAUACCCCGGAGCCGGGACCUCGGCCGCAGUGCAUGCCCACGGAAGAGAUCAUGCGGCAGGGGCAGAGGGGCGCCGUGAUGACACAGGCGCAGAGCCAGGCGGCGGCGGCGCAAGAGGCGGCGUGGAACUCCCACGGGAUGCAUUAGGUGAGGGUAGGAUAUGCAAUAAUUAAGUAGGAACAACGAUCUUUCUCUCUAUUUUGUGGUGGAGAAAUCUCGGGGGGUGAAGUGCGAGGCGGGAGGGAUAUGGGGGGCGUGGCGUGGAAUGACGUGUUAAAAACGGAUUUUUGAAUUUUGAAUGGGUUUGAACACGGAUUCUGGAAGUAGUGGCGAUAAGUGCCUUUAGGUUAGGUGGCACUGUGAGAUUUAGAGGUCACGUUUUUUAUGCGACAUUUUGUGGUGCUAGGAAUUCAGAACAGAAUUUUUACUUAGUUGUAAACUUCACAAUUCUAUAAAAUUUGGAAGUAAUAUUGUCAAACAAUUAAAAAAGAUCAAUGGACUACUAAGUAGUUUUCAGAUUUUUUUAGCGCGUAAAGAUUUCCCAGUGAAAAUUUAAAACUGUUGUAAAAAAAUUAAAUGAGAAACUAAGUUUUCCUGCUUCGCACGAAAAGAAAAAAAGUAGCUAUUGUAAUUUAAAUAAUCGUUUUUAAAUUCUUUUUUGAGAAUUAUUUUGCAACAGUCGUUUUAGCGUCACACAUGUUUGUUUGUCCAUGACGGCCUUUAAGUAGACGAUUUCUGCUCGGAAUUUUCUCGAGAAUAAAAAUUGAAUAAAUAGUUUUCGGCCUAAAUGGUGCCGUUCACGCAUUCGCGUGCGUAUUUGUUGAAACUCCUUAUCGGACUUAAGAGAUUUAGCGGACGAAGCUGAGAUCAGGCUGCGCGAUGACUUAACUCAUGACUCAAUUUGUGCAAUCUCACGUGCCUUGAUUGCGAGUCGUAGAAAAGCGAGUGCGUGUAUCUCGGGCGUAAAGACGUGCCACUGUCACCCCUUCUUCUUUCUCUGUAUUAUACUUUAUUGUGAUAUGUUCUUUUUCACUAUUUGAAACGUCAACUCUGAACAAACCAAAGUUAUGUAAGUAAGCAGUCACCGAAUAGUCCGACCGUUUGACUUAGGCUAAGUAAAGUGCUCAAUUUGCCGCAGCAAUCAAGUCACCAACAACGAAUUUAAGGCAAAUGUAAUGAGUGUAAAUAUUUUUAGUAGCAUUAAGUUUUAUUCUACGUAAAAAUCAUACAUAAACAAUCUGUACAUUAUGCAUAUUUUGUAGAAAUAAAAGUAUUUAAAUAA